AAGCAAGUUCCUCUGCCCGAGCGCAUGGAGUCAGGAUUGUGGAGGCGCAGAUGUCUGGCCAAGACGCAGUUGACGGUCUUGACAGAUGACGCGCGAAACGCAGAGCAUGGUUUGCUCCCAGCCGAAAACCCGCUGACGACCGCCUAUGAGCUGGAUAAGAUCCUCGGACGAGGAUCCGUCGGCUUCGUGUACAGAGCUAGGCGAAGAGCAGAUCAGCGGGAGGUCGCGGUGAAGAUCCGUCACGUGCCAGAGGCUGCGGUGAUCCAAUCCUGCCAGCAGGAGUUCGAAGUCUUGAAGAAACUGGAGCAUCCCCACAUCAUCAAGGUGAUUGAUUUUGUGGUGCUCGAGGGCCAGGCUGCCUUGAUCUUCGACUUCUGCUGUGAGGGCACCUUACGAAGCGUGCUGAAGCAGAGCUGGGCAGCGGGGCUUCCCGUUGCGUCUCUCAAGCCGCUGAGCCAGAAGCUCCUGGAUGCGGUGAACUACCUUCACAGGCGCCGUAUAGUGCACCGAGACAUCAAGCCCGAGAACAUCUUGUUGCAGGACGACCUCCAAAAUCUCUGGCUCGCCGAUUUCAACACGGCCUGCCAGCUGAUGAGCGGCUGGUCCCUCACCAUGACGGGCACCUUGGACUACGCGGCCCCGGAGGUGCUACAGGGCGAGUCUCCCUCCGAGAAGUCGGACAUUUGGGGACUUGGCCUGAGCCUGCACUUCAUGGCUGUGGGCAAGCUCCCGCGGAAGCUUGGCCACUAUGCCGACCUUGCCUCAUUCGCGGCUGCCGUCGCAUCCAAAGAAGUAAACCUUCAGACGCAAGAGUGGCAGGAGGUGCCUUUAGGCUACUGCGACAUCGUGGCGCAAUGUUUGCGUCUGGACAAGACGCUGCGCCCGGCUUCGAUGCUCCUUCUGGAAAGCCCCUGGUUCCGGGACCACAGCCUCAAGCGCGCCGUCUCUGAGACCUCGGAUGACGAGGACGACAUUGGUAUGUGGGUGUGUCGCAACAGUUCAAUCUGAGUGUCCUACCCUCAACCGCUCUGCAAAUGUGAGCAAUGAUGCUACAUGCUGGGUGUAGUGCCUUCUGAUGGACGUUAGUUGAUGUCCGUCAAGAGACACGCACGACUGACCUGUCAUGAGCUUUCGCGGCUUUUCAGAGAGUCAGAGAUACCGUCUCACUUCCCGAGUUCCUGGACGUACUUUUUGGGCAGACCAUUUACUGACAACCAGCAAUGGAAUUUCAUCGGCCAGUUCCCUCGGGAAAGGGACCUAUUCCCUAAACAUGGCAAGUGGGGAGUUCGAGGACACCCACACAACUUGUCUUCGGAGUUCUUUUUGCCAUGUUUAGGGAAUCAAAUGCAACAGCGUUUAAGGCGGGUGAGCAUCAUUUUUGAAGCAGCCUUGCUGAAUCGCUGUAGACCUCUGUUGCUUAGAAAUAAGUUUUUCCGUCAGGGCACAUGUGUCACAAAGUCAGCGCCUGGGUGGGUUCCCGCCAUUUGGACACAUGGCCACUGCGCCUAUGGCUGGCAGAUGGCCGGCCAUAAAGCUUUUGCUCAUAAGCUCAUUUUGGCCAGACCUCAGCUUUCGGUUCCUGACUUUGGAGGUCCCGUUGUCCCUUCCCAGAGGAAGGUCUUCCCUACAGCCGGAAUUAGGAGGCAGAAAUUGCCGGGCGCUCAUGUUUUCGGAUCCGAUGUGAGAUCGGCACACGGAGACAUCUCACGGAGGCAUGGUCUUCAUCAAAUGCCCCAAGACCCAAGUGAUUCCAUGGGUCAGGGGGGGGCUUUUUUUGAGCGGUGUCCCGGCUCGCCUUUUAUGGCGUGGAUGAUGGGAUCUGACCAUUUCAGCCGAAGCUCUGCAAUGGUCGCAAACCGGUCAGCCUCAGUGGUGUACCACAAGCAAGACUUGCGGGAUAAGCGAC